AAGGCGAAUCCGUGCUGACAAUGCAGGGGGAACCAAACCCCUCUGAGUCGCUCAUCGACAGGACCAUCAGGAUGAGGAAGGAAACGGAAGCGAGGAAAGUCCUCCUGGCCUGGGGAUUCCUAAACCUGUCACUCGCUGGCAUGGUCUAUACCGAAAUGUCUGGAAAACUAAUCAGUUCCUAUUACAACAUUUCAUGCUGGGUCCUCUGGUAUAUUGAACUUGGCUUUGCCUCUUUGUUCAGCCUCAACGCCUUAUUUGAUUUCUGGAGGUACUUCAAAUACACCAUGGCUCCUACCAGCUUAGUUAUGAGUCCUGGACAACAGACACUCCUGGGACUGCAGAACGCAGCGGUCCAGACUACACCGCCCCGUGAGCUGGUGCCCAAGAAGACGCCUCCUUCGACCCCCUCCCCUCCCAUCCAGGGGCAGAGUGUCCUGAGCUACAGCCCGUCCCGCUCCCCCAGCACCAGUCCCAAAUUUGCAACCGGUUGUAUCUCUGGCUACAGCCCACAGCUGCAAGCCAUGUCAGGAAGCAGUGGAUCCUACAGCCCAACUGGGAGUUUCUCUCCGGGAAGCAACUACAGUAAGGUGCCGCCGUUCAGUCCUUCUCCGGGCCCCUUGAUGUACCCGACUAGCAUUGGGCCCGUGGACAGUGGCGGGAUGAGGUCCAGAUAUCGCUCCUCGCCGACCGUCUACAAUUCCCCCACGGGAAAAGCCGACUACAUGACGGAUUUGAAGUCGCUCGACAGCUUCCUUCGAAACGAGGAGGAGAAACAGCACCGGGUCCAGCUGGGCAGCUCGGAUUCCAGCUCUCCUUCAAACAGUCCAACAUUUUGGAACUACGGCCGCUCCAUGGCGGACUACGCCCAGAUGCUCAGGAAAUUCCAGUACCAGCCAGCCUACAGGUCCCAGGCCCCCUCAGCUAACAAGGAUGAAGCCGACUUGAGUUCCAAGCAAGCCGCCGAAGAGGUCUGGGCACGCGUGUCGAUGAGCAGGCAGCUGUUCGAUCACAUGGAUUCCUGGACCGCCAAAUUCAGAAAUUGGAUCAACGAGACAAUUUUGGUGCCUCUGGUUCAGGAGAUCGAAUCUGUAAGCACUCAGCUGCGAAGAAUGGGCUGUCCAGAGCUGCAGAUUGGAGAGCUUUCCCAAGGCGGGUGCAUGAGUUCGUUCACCUGGAACCGAGGAGGAGACUUCAAAGCACGCAGAUGGGAUACUGAUUUACCCACCGACUCAGGAAUCAUUAUGCACGUCUUCUGCACGUAUCUUGACUCCAGGUUGCCUCCCCAUCCGAAGUAUCCCGACGGCAAGACAUUUACCUCCCAGCAUUUCAUUCAGACACCUGAUAAACCAGAUAUGUCGAACGAGAAUUUGUUCUGCGUCUAUCAGAGUAGCAUCAACCCUCCCCAUUACGAGCUGAUUUAUCAACAACAGGUCUACAAUCUUCCUAAGGGCCGAAACAACCUGUUCCACACUUUGCUGAUGUUCCUGUACAUCAUCAAGACUAAGGAAUCCGGCAUGCUCGGGCGAGUCAACCUUGGAUUAUCCGGCGUGAACGUUCUCUGGAUUUUGGGAGACUAGCUGAUUCUUCCAGCCACAAACUCUUUUAACUCCAAGAGGAUAAAAUCUUUCCCUAGGAAGAGAAUUUAUCUAUGAGAUUGUACCGCCUUGAAUUUCACUGCCCUACAAAGAGAGAGCUGCUUUAUUUUUAUUUAUUUUUUUUACAACAGUGGAACAGUAAAAAAAAAAUACGUUUUUUUAAU